AUGGAUCCACGGUACAACUGGCCGCCGCAGGCCUAUGCGAACGGCCAAUACAACCCAUAUGCGCCUCCGCAGCAGCAGCAGCAGCAGCAGCCCCAGCCCCAGCCAAAUGGCUACCAGCAACAUGGCUAUCCGCAAUACCCCCCGAUGCCGAUGCAGAUGCAGAUGCCUCAGGGGUAUUCGCAGUCGCAGCCAGCGCCAUAUCAGAUCCCACAGCAGCCUGCCAUGCCCCGGCCCUCGAAUCCGCAAUACCAACAGUAUCAGCAGAUGCCUCCGCAAAUGCAACCCCAACAGCACAUGCACCAACAGCCACCGCAUACGCCGCAGCGCCCUCCCCAGCACCCGCAACAACGGCCUCUGCAGCAAGCCCACCAGCAGCCGGUAUAUCGACCACAACCCCAAGUCGUAAUCCCUGCGAGGACACCAGACUAUUCUUCACCCAUGCAGAUGCAGCCUCCACGGAUACGACAUGUGCAGGUGCCAGUACAGAGAACAAGCAGCACAGGAGUCGCUCAUACAGACGGAGCAGCAGAGCAGCAACGCCGGUAUAGCGCACAGCAAGCGCCGACUCCGCCUGUUUCGAAACCGGCCCAACGGUCAUCGUCGCAACAAGAGAACGCACCCAGACCCCAGCAGCGGCCCGUGAGCACGCCAACACCGAACCAAACCCUUCAGCGAGCACCUCUUCAGCCACAGUCCACACCUCAACAACAGCGUGUGCUGCCUCCGAAGCAGACACCGUCCAGCCAAUAUGCCAGUCCCACCCCGCAGCCGCCGUCCUCUAAGCCGAAAAUGCACCCCCAGGUUAUCAUUCCUCGAGCCUCUUCAUCGCACCAGCUUACCCCAACAAAGCGGGCGCCUGCGCCUCAGAAGGUCCUUCCUGCCGAACUCUCCGACUUGCUGCUCAUGGCGGCGGAUGAAUACAUUGCAGCUGCACGUGACAUGGGAUCACUUUUCGUACAGGAGAGGAAGGAGGCCGACGUUAGACAAUACUACAAGCUAAUAUCGACCGCCAUGGCCUGCAUGGAUACCGUGCUAAGAGAUUUCAACAUGCCGCCCAGGGAUGAGGCGAAGUUGCGCCUAAGAUACGCCAGCCUAAUGAUAGAAGAGACGGACAUUGAGGCUACGGACAUUUCAAGUCGCAUCGAGGAGAUUCUUUCCAAGCAAAUUUCGCUGUGUGGAAGGCACAGGUUGCAAGACUUGAAGUUUGCUGCCCUUCAUCUUCAAGCGCGGUAUCAGUUCAAGACAAAUCAUCGCGCCGGUUUGAAGUCCUUGGACAAGCCAAUCUCCGAAGCAGAGACAUUCCAGCAUGUUGCGUGGAUCUAUGCACUCCGCUUCCUCAAGGUCACACUAGCUUUGCAAAUACCAGGUCGUUUGGAGAUAGUCAUGAUCCUACAGCAAUUACACGCGAUACAGGGUCAUGCAGAGCGACGUGGGGAUCGAGCCGUCUAUGUGGCAUGUUGCGCGCUUGAAGCAAUGGUUCACCUGCGGUCUGGCGCAGCAGAUCGACUCGAGCAAGUUCAGCGUGCUAUUGCAGCCGCCCGAAGUCUGCAACUUCAAGUGUCGGCCAAGGAAUUAGGCUCCUUCGGUACGCUCAUCGAUGUCAUUGAUAUUGCAAGUGGUAUUCAGACUGGCCAACCGGAUACACAAAAGGCAACUGCCCUGCUUGAAGCUAUACUGGGCAGGAAAGAUGAGAAAGGUAGUUCUGAGACCGGGAUCUUCACCGUCCUGAUCGAGCGGAGCUAUGGUGGUAACCUAACAUUCGACACUGGUGGUGUGUUCUGGAAGAACGCCGAGAGAAAAGACGAGCUCGUUUUCGCUUGGCUCCCACGGGAAGAUCUCAAAGCGUUAUGCUUCCAUAUCUGUGCCCUAGAGCACCAUGUGCACGAGAAGGGCUUGAUCUAUAUGAAGGAGGCUCGUCAGCGGUUCAGAGAAUCCUCAAAGCGUCGCGAGCUUGCAGGCAUGCCGCCUUCUGUCGCAUUCGCGCGAAUCGAGUGGAACAUGGUGUUGGACUGGCAUUCGAUGUUCGCUAUUGGACUAAUGGCCUGCUCCCGUGAUGAUCAUACAACCGUUCAAGAUGUUCUUGCAGGACUGAAGAAACGAAUCGCUUUAGCUCCAUACAACGGCCAAGGAGUCUUUGAACGCACCCUUGCGUACCUUUCGUCCAUCAACGAUCAGGUGAAUGGAAACCUUGAUUCUGCACUGGAAACCUCCUCCAAAGACGUUCUUGCAGUACCAGAGAAAGGACACACAACUCCGACUCGAGCCGACAUCGCAAUCAUGGCAGCACUGAAUCGCCUGCUCAUCAUUCGCGAUCCCAAUCACCCGCAACAUUUCCAGUCCAGCAUGCUACUCGAGCAAUUGAAACCUCUCUGCGAAGACCAUCCAAACCAAUACAUACGCAUGGCCUUCCGCCUUGUCCAUGCCUUCCAUGGCGAAGCAGCCGCCAUCUCGCACCAGAAAAAAACUGUCCAGCAAGCUGUCGGGAUUGCGCAAGAAAUUUCUCAGAAGACGCAAAACUUCGAGUUUGUAGCCAUGACAAUGUGCUACUUUGUUGCACGCUUCUUUGCUGACACGGUUGGCGAGAAAAGCAUCCAGGCCAUCCGUGCAGCAAGAUCCCAAGCGAUCAAGGGUCGGAAGCCUUUGUGGAUGGCAGUCGCAGCCGGCUUGUGCAUGAACACAUAUCGACGUAACGGCCUCAUGGACGAGGCGGGCAAGGCUUCGAGAGAAUUUGAGGCUGUGAGACCGCAGUUACCGCCUGUACUCAAGGACGAAGACGACAUCGACGCUGAAGGCGAGGAAGAUGCCGACGGCGACAUUGAUAUUGUCGGUUAGCCAUACGUGGAUGCAUGCAUUGUAUUCUCCCCCUUUUCCAAGAUGCCUGGGAGCAUCUUUUUUCUCGCAUUUCCUGGCGUAAUAUGAAGGGAGGUGUGUUAUGUAACUGGUUCACGAUA